AUGGCCUCUUCUCACUUGGAAUGUCCUGCUGCUACUGGGGGCUCUUCACUGCGCUCUCGCUCCUCAGGCUCCAGUACUUCCUCGCUUUCCUCGACCUUUUCGGAUCUUACCUCUUCCACCUCCGCCUCCUCCUCGUCCCCGCCCAAUCUAAAGACAAACGCUUUCUUCGCAUGGCCUUUCUCAACUCGUCCGCCCUCGCCCACCCCACACCCCCCAGCGACUCCAGCGCAGAGCAAGCCGCGUUCACUCACUGCAGAGUUCUUCGGUACCCCGGUUCGCCCUCCCUCUCCACCCGCAUCAUCCAUCUCCACAAAGCACACCGGUGCUACGCCUCACCUUUCUCGUAUAUUUCCCUCGCGCUACACCUCUGUCUCCGAACGAAGCCCCGAUUUCAGUCUCAAUAUCCUCAACUUGGAUAGCGUGACUGAUGAGACACCGAAAUUUAAUGGCCAUGUGAGGACCCCAUCCACUGGUUCUAGCUCUUCAUUCUCUUCAUCUUCAUUUCACGAACCCCGACUACCUACACCGCCUCCAUCUCACGAACGCACUCCGCAGCGGGACGAUACACUCAUGCAGGGCGAUUUCCCCCCGACGCCUCGUCAGGAAGAGGGAGAUAGCUACGACGAACUCACUCCGCGGCCAGCAGAUCGUCAGCCGGGAUUACUCCGCUUUGAGCGCGAUCUAAUUCUAGAGAGGCAGGCAAGACAGCAAAAACUUAGUCAGACUCCCAAACCACCUUCUCCAGAGCCAGUAGACUACGAGGACGUCGAGAACGUGGACGAAGAGCCCCGUCCCGGAAGCAUCAUCUCUUUACCUAGCCCUGAACAUCCCUCAUCUCAUCUUCCGAUCUCGCCGCUCUCGUUAACGUUCACCAUCGCUUCACCCUCACCCAGUCUGUCAAGUCGGCCGCCAGAUCGAGGUACGCCGACGCCAACGAAUGAUUAUUCCACGUCUUCAGCCGCCCUCAAAUCCAGCCAUCUGGGCAGCCCUGACUUCAAGCCCCUUCCGUCCCCUCCUCCUUCUUCCGAUGGUCACGACCUUUCUCACACGCCAUCCGGGGCCCUAGCCGAUUCCAUUACCACCCAAACCCCACCCCACUCCUCUAGCUUAUCAAGUGUGCCACUACCACCUCCGGCAAAAGAUGCGGACAAUCACACGCAAGUCCCGAAAUUGCGACUCCUUCGCUCGUUGGGCCACGGGGCCUUUUCGGCGGUUUGGCUGGCGGAAGAUUUGAGCCGGGUGCCGCUCACCCUUGUAUCAAAAAAGAGUGUGAGGGAUUUGAGGCGGCGCGCAAGUGGAAGAGACAAGGCGCGCGAGAGGGAGAGGGAGAGGGAACAGGAAAGGGAAAGAGAGAAGGAUGAAGAAAUGGCUAUGGACAAUAGCGUCGCCCAUGACGGAGGCGAGAAGUUGAACGCAAAUUCGAGUACGACUGGAAGUGUGCCGAAUAGAAACAGGAUUCGAGAGGGUCUGAUGAACAUGCUUUCGUUUUCGCGGUCCGCAACUCACGGAUCGGGAGCGUCUUCUGCAACUUCGCCUUUAUCAUCACGGCCUUCCCCCGUCUCUCCCAACUCUACUACAGGAUUCGACAAUAGCGAUGAGGAUGCCGGAGGUGCGCUUUCGAGAAACUCGAGUGUACGAUCGGCUGCGUCGUCGUUCAAAGGUCCUUCACGCGCUGCGAGCUUGCGGUUAGCACCACCCCCGCACCAGCAAGACCUGACCCUUUCGCGUGAUUCGAGCCUGAAAAAGUUUAGAGAUCGCGUACGGGGGACGAGGCCUGCGUACCGAUUGGGCCGCGCGUACCUGGAUGAACGGCAUGGAGAGAUGGGGGAGCCCCGGGACGUGGACAGCGCUUCUGCAUCGGUCACUAAUGUGUCGGCGGUGGCAGCGGCAGUGGGAGGAACAGGGUCGGGUAGUCGUGAUGGUGGUAUGACUGUGUCAGACGCCGGGAAUGACGGAGGUGAGGUUGGGUUGAGCGCUAGUUUGUCGAGGCAGUCGAGUUUGGGACAUGCUAGCAGCAGCAAGGGAAAUGGGCGCUUGGUAGCUGUCAAGAUGACACCGAGAAGGGCGAACGCUGCAGAUGUCGGACAGGGUCGAGGUGGAGCGGGCAUCACGAAGCAGAGGCUCAGGGAGGAAGAGGAACGGACUAGGGUGGGAUUCGUCAGGGAGGUUGAGGUGCUGAAGCAUAUCUCGCACCCGAAUAUCACCCCACUCCUUGCCCAUCUUUCAACUGCGAGCCACCAUAUCCUUGUCCUUCCGUACCUUCCAGGUGGCGAUCUUCUUGGUCUGGUGAAUAACGAUGUUGCAUGGGGAAUGCUGGGCGAGUCGGUGUUGAGGAGGAUAUGGUGUGAGAUCUGUAAAGCAGUUGGAUGGAUGCACGGCGUGGGCCUGGUUCAUCGGGACAUCAAACUCGAAAACAUCCUGCUCACCACAACGGCCUUCAGCUCCCUAACUCCCACGUCCCCGCGGCCCACACUGUCGACACUGCCGGCGCCCCCCGCGCCGUUCAUCAAGCUCACCGACUUUGGUCUAUCGCGGUUUGUGGAGAUCGACGCGAACGGCGAGGCGGAGCUGUUGUCGACGCGGUGUGGGAGCGAGGCAUACGCUGCGCCGGAGCUUGUCACGGGUGGAGGUGGGAGCGGUGGGGGUGUGUACGAUGCGCGACGGACGGAUGCGUGGGCGUGUGGGGUUGUGUUGUAUGCUCUUGUGGGUAGGCAGCUGCCUUUUGGAGAGGGGGUGGUGGUUGGGGGUAGUAUGGCUACUGGGUCGAAGAUAGGGGGUGAGAGGGGAAAGGACGGCGGUGUGGGGCGUAGGGCGACAGCUGCAGAUAGGAGGCAUUGGCUAAUGCGCAUCGCCAAGGGUGAGUGGGAAUGGCCUGGAGGCGACGACGUGGCGGACGAAGGAGACGACGACGACGAUGUACGUGAUCUCGAACACGAGCUCGUUGGCGCACGACUGUGUAAAAGCCGGGGCGCGAGGAGGAUUGUGAGUCGGCUUUUGGUCCGGGACCCGAAGAAGCGUGCGCGCGUGGGCGAUUUGUGGGACGAUGCUUGGAUGCAGGGCGGUGAGGACGAAGCUUGGUGGCGGGAAAAGGAGAUGCGGAUGCGGAUGAUGAGGAUGGAGGAGGACAAUGCGGAGAUUGAGGACUGGGUAUCCCGCCGUGCUCGUCAGCAGCAGCAGCAACAGCUAGAUGUGGAUGGCAUGACGGACGAUUCAUGGUCUUUUUAUGGGCCGGACGAUUCGUCUUGGAGGGAUCUCGAGUUGUACGAUACGUCCUCGUCGCAUCUUGGGUUGAGGAUCAAUGGGGAAGAUAUGGAUGGGGAAGAUGGGAGAUUGGAGGAUGAACGGGAGGAGGAGCAGGAGGAAGACGAUGAAGAUGAAGAAGAGGGGGGAUGCCUUUUUGAUCACGAAGGAAUUGACAGCAUCACUCGCCAAGAAGUCAUUUGA